ACGUUUCUUCAUUUUCUUCUUUCUUUUGCGACGACGAAAAGCGGUUCGAGUUCUGAGCUGUUGCCUCUCGCUUUGCUGGAGCAUGGAUGUCUUUUCUCUACUGCUACUGCCUACCAGUUCACAUUCCUAAAAUUAACCCCUCGGCGAUCGGGACGGACGCGCUUUAUUAACACCUUGCAAAUCGCGUUCGGGUGCAUGCACAUACUACUGCACACUGCAUGCGCGAGUGCACAACUUGGAACACGCUUGCGCUUUGCAUUCUUUCCGCUUUUCAAUUCGCUUGGCGCCUCGUCCCCGUGAGGCCGUGACAUCGGUGGCCUCUGUAUAAAUAUGCUUCCGCGUGCGUGCGCAGGGCCGGACCAGAGCUCGGACACCAUGGAGGAACACCGCUCCCGCUCCCCGGCGUCGUCGAACGUGGCGGAGGCGCCGCGCCGGCGGUACCGCGGGGUGCGGCAGCGGCCGUGGGGCAAGUGGGCGGCGGAGAUCCGGGACCCGCACAAGGCGGCGCGCGUCUGGCUCGGCACCUUCGAGACGGCCGAGGCCGCGGCGCGCGCCUACGACGACGCAGCGCUGCGCUUCCGCGGCAGCCGCGCCAAGCUCAACUUCCCCGAGGACGCGCGCCUGCACCCGGCCACCGUCACCCCCGCCGCCGCGCCGGCCCGGGCGCCGAUCGCCGCGCAGUCGGCCUCGACGCCCGCCAUGUACGCCGGCUCCACCCAGGCCUCCGACUACCUGCGCUACCAGAUGCUCCUGCAGGGCAGGGGCGCCGCCGCCGCCAACCAAGGCAACCUUCUCUCGUUCUACGGCGGGGGCGGGGGCGGGGGCGGCGCCAUGAGCAGCUCGUAUGGCGGCGGUGUCAUGAGCAGCUCCUAUGGCGGCGGCGGCGGCGGCGGCGGCACCAUGAGCGGUUUCCUGGGGUCCUACUACUCGUUCCCGUCCUCCUCCGUCUCGGUGGCCACGGUGCCGUCCUCCUCCUCCGCGUCCUCCGCUCCGGGCCACCACUACUCGUCGCCGCACGACCCGCAGCAGCACCAGCAGCAGCAGGGCGACGCGGCGGCGGAGUGGAGCUGGGAGAGCGCGCUGGCGCCGGACCCUGGCACGACGACGGCGGCCUCCUGGUCCGACUCGAGCCAGCAGCCGUACCACCCGCCGCACACCCAAUAGCGCAGCAAUCGCGAAGCCAACCAAGAUUCUGCGCCGUCUCUGGAAGAAAGAAUAAGAUGCGUACGGACGGCGACGGAGACGGGCGCGGCAGCAGCAGCAGAGGAAGAUCGAGAAUGAUGGCGUCACUCGUGGUCGGGUCGGGUCGGGCGCAUGUGUUGAUUGAGGACAGCCAUGGGCUCGUUUUGUUCGUUCGUUGAUUAGUUUGGGCGGUGGUGCGGGGCCGCCCCGUUUUUACUACUUUCUGUUCUGGUUAUUAUUACUGCAAAUUAAGAAGAAGAAAAUGGAAGAGCGGGCGUGACGCUUGCAGUUGCAGGUGGAGAUUGGAUGCUUUUGGGGAGGGUUAAUCAGAGUCAUUUGGCGAGGUUUAACCGCGUCAUUUGGGAAAAAUAAUGAAUGUUGCGUGCUACCUGGACUUGUAGUGUGUUUUCUACUUUCUUCAUUUCAAAUUACUCGUCGUGGUUUUUGUUCAAAA